UGUUCAGUAGCUUGAAUUAGUAGCUUGAAAAUAAAAUUUGAAACCAAGUUUGAUAAUAUAUUUUAUUAUUGUUGUAAUUUUUUAGCCUCUUAAGAAUCAUAGCAGUGUUUACACAAUUUCAGUUUUCCGAUAAAUGUUAAUACGAAUUCCGAAAUUCCGAAAAGUGUUAAUACGUUUCUAGUACAUGGGUAUUUUAAAAUACCUCUUUUGUGUAAUUUUAUCGUGAUACGUUAGUGGGCAUAAUAUCCACUUAUUAAAUCUAUAGUAAAAUAUUUGGGAAAUUUUGGCCAUGUCUUAUAAUUUCGAAAAUAAAUGUACAAAUCAAGAUGCUGAAUCUAUAGACUUCAGCAAAAUAUUGGACACUGAAUUUUCAACACAAACGAAAAAUGUUGAAGUUACAGUAAAUACUACAGAUUUGCCUGUACUGCUUACAACAAAUGCAAAUAAAGAAGAAGUGUUAAGAUUUUAUUGGUGGAACGCAUACGAAGAUGCGUACAAAAAGCCUGGAACUGUAUUCUUAUUUGGUAAGGUCUAUGUACCGUCUACGAAUACAUACUGUCCUUGCCGUAUACAAGUUUCAAAUAUUCCUCGAAGAAUAUAUCUUCUUCCCAGAGUGCAUAUACAAUCUCCUAGUGGUAAUAAUGAUGAACUAAAAUUGAAUUCAAUGGAAGAUGUUUAUGAAGAAUUUAAUGAGUUUGCAAAAAAAUCAGGAAUAAAACAAUUUGAUUGCAAUGUAGUUACAAAACAUUAUGCUUUUGAACAAGAAGAUACUCCAUUAGUGUCUAAAUAUUUAGAAGUCAGAUAUCCAGCAUGGUAUCCAGCUGUGCCUUCGAAUUAUUCUGGAUCAUCGAUAAAGCGUGUCUUUGGGACCACGGUGAAUGCUUUAGAAGUAUUUAUAAUAGAAAGAAAUAUUAAAGGACCCUGUUGGUUAGAUGUGAAACAUCCAUCACCAAGUAGUUUAGACAUCUGUUGGAGUAAAAUAAAGGUGACUUGUGCAAAGAUGGAAAACAUAUCAGUUUGUUCCGAGGCUCCAGCUUCGCCACCAUUAGCAAUCAUGACUUUAAAUGUACGAACAUCAUUGAAUUUGAAAUCUCGAGAGAAUGAAAUAGUCAUGGUUGCGAUAUUAAUACAUCACGAAUUUCACGUUGAAAAAGAACCUUCUAAACCGCUGUUUCAGCAACACAUCUGUUUAAUCACGCAUCCGCGUGAUACUCCUUGGUCGCAAGAAACACGCCGAAUGCUCUCGAAAAUUGCAUAUACCAAACUAAUAGUAUGCGAUACUGAAGUGGAUCUGCUAGAAGAAUUGCUAAAAAUAGUGAACACAGUAGAUUCAGAUUUAUUAAUUGGAUAUGAUUGUGGCUUUCAAUUUUAUACACUGAUACACAGAAUGUCCACUCUAAAAGUUCCAGAUUGGAGUAGAUUUGGAAAGCUAAAACGCUACUCGCUUCCUUUAAUUAAGGGAAAAUUAAAUAUGAAUGAAGUACUUAGUGGUCGUCCUAUAUGUGAUAUACAAGUUUCAGCCAAGGAAUUUAAUCUGAAAGUUAGAGAUUACGAUCUCCAAUCUCUCUGCACAACGGUUCUAAAGAAAAACGAAAAUGAAUGUAAAGAAAUAAAACUUGGUGAAUGUAGAUCAUUUUAUGCUACAGCAAGUAAAAUAGAUAAUUUAAUUAAAAUAACACUAAUAGAGGCAUUCCAUAUUCUUUCUAUUGUACAUGAACUUAAUAUUCUCCCACUUGCACUAGAAAUUACAUGCAUUACUGGGAACAUUUUAUCAAAAACAUUAAGACUAGGACGUACAGAAAGAAAUGAAUAUUUAUUACUACAUGCUUUUCACUCGAAAAAUUAUAUAACUCCAGAUAAACGAGUUAUUUCAACUAAAGUAACUACUAUGGGAACUACUAUGGCAUCGAUUGCAGAAAAUACGUGCAAGAACAAUGAAACUUAUAUCGGAGGUUUAGUUCUUGAGCCCAAAAAAGGAUUUUACGAUAAACUGGUAUUAUUAAUGGACUUCAAUUCAUUGUAUCCUAGUAUAAUCGAAGAGUACAAUUUGUGUUUCACUACUGUCCGUGGUGCUGCAUAUACUAAUAUCGGGGAUUUAGUUUUCCCCGAAUCAGAUCUAGAACCUGGAGUAAUUCCAACAGAAAUUCGCAAAUUGAUCGAGAGUAGAGUGGAACUGAAAAGAUUAAUGAAUGAACCAAAUAACUCACCCGAGUUGAAAAUGCGAUAUAAUAUUAGACAGUUGGCUUUGAAAGUAAUAGCUAAUUCUAUAUACGGUUGUUUAGGCGCACCUCAUUGUAGAUUUUAUGCUAAAGGGCUUGCUGCUUUGGUAACAGCAAAAGGUCGAAAAAUUUUAAGUGAUACAAAACUUCUUAUUGAAGCGUUGAAUUAUGAAGUUAUAUAUGGGGACACUGAUUCGAUAAUGAUAAAUACUAAUUCGAUGGACUAUGAAAAGGUUCUUUCUAUUGGUAGAAUGAUCAAACAAGAAGUGAACAUAUUGUAUAAGCUGGUGGAAUUAGAUAUCGAUAGCGUGUUUCGCUAUUUAUUACUUCUGAAGAAGAAAAUGUAUGCUGCGGUUACAAUGACAAAAUUACCUAAUGGACAAAUCGAAUUAACGCAAGAGCACAAGGGUUUGACUAUUGUGAAAAGGGAUUGCUGUCAGCUAGCUUCUGAUGUAGGAAAGUGUAUAUUGGAUCAGUUAUUUUCUGAUCAAUCUAACAAAAAUCGGCUAAAAGAGAUUUUCCUGGCAUUGCAAAACGUUUCGAAAAAUAUUCGAAACAAUCAAGUUUUCCUAUCAUUGUUAAUUAUUAGAAAACAGUUAUCGAAAAAUCCAGAGACAUAUGGAAACCCGAAACCAUCUCACGUGCAAGUAGCUUUAAGAUUAAAUAAGCAAGGUGGUAGAACAUGGAAAGUUGGAGAUAUUGUACCAUACAUCAUAUGUGAAGAUAAAUCGGAGAAGUCUGCAACUGAUAGAGCAUAUCACAUCGACGAGUACAAAAAAUCCAGUUCUUUGAAAAUUGAUGUUAAUUAUUAUUUACUAAGUCAAGUACUUCCGGUUGCGUUGAGAAUUUGUGAACCAAUCGAAGGAAUCAAUGACGUGAUACUAAUGCGGAAUUUAGGUUUAGAGAAAAUUUAUAAACCUCAAAAAAUGAUAUACGAACAAAGUAUCGCCGAUAUACCAACGUUUAUAGAUGAAGAAAGAUACAGAUUUUGUAUUCCAUUCACAUUUAAAUGUGUAAAUCAAAAUUGUCGGUCCGAGAUUAUAAUAAAGGACAUUGUAACCGAAACGCCUAACGGUGAUCAAUUAUCACUUGCAUCAUGUUCAAAUCCAGAGUGCACGGUACAACCGUGGACAUAUGUAAAUGCUAUACAAAAUGCAUUAACACUUGCUGUGCGAGAAGUAAUGACAAAAUAUUAUGAUGGUUGGCUAAAAUGCAAGAAUCCAUUAUGUGAUGAAAGAACACGGCGGAUUCCAUUAGGGUGUUUAAUUUGCAGGAAAUGUGGAGUCAUGGAGCUGCAUAAAGAGUAUUCAGAACUAGAACUUUACAAACAACUGUGUUUUUAUCGUUAUCUAUUUAACGUUAGUCGAUCAAAGUACAAAGACUUACUAACUCAAUAUUCACAAGGUAUGAGAGCAGCAUACGAUCGUUUAAAAGGAGAAAUAGAAAGGGUAUUGGAAAAAAGUCCAUCUUAUUUUGUAAACUUGGACACGUUAUUCCAAACGGGAUAUUUACCACACGAAUCAAGAGGUCGAGAUUCACCUAUUCAGGAGAUAUAUUAUGAAUCAGAUGAUGAGUUAUAAAUUUUAAAUAAUAAACGUUUUAACAGUGAAAGUUUCGAUAUUCUUAUGAAGAAGACUGCAACAGAAGAAAAAGCGAAAGUCGCCGUUUUAAUAAACACUUCGCAUCACCGAUGUACGUUGAUCCGACCGCCAAAUGUUCACCUUAGUGGACAGUUCGUACAUCACGACGACGGUGAAAAACGGUCCCCCGCAAAGCUCAACAUACAAGAUAGACAAAUUUUGUGUUCUUGCGUCUUACCAAGAAGCCAUGCUUCAACAAUUGUUAUUUAAUUCGCUAAAUUUCUGACAUCGGUGUAUGUGCGAAUAUGCAAGUGUUAGUCGAGUUGGGUUAAAUAUACGUAUAUUUAACGUCA